AUGUUCGAAAUUUUGGACGAUAAUUUUGAAUUGUAUCAAUUUUUUUCCCCCCCCCCCAACUAUCACAAAAUGAACAAACCCAUCGAUGUUACACGACAUCCUUGGAAGUUUGAUACUGGCGAAAGUAACGAAGACAUUUACAUUAUUGGAGAAACACACAACAUGAAAAAGUAUUUGUUUUUGACAAGCCGCGCCAGAAUUAUUGAAUCUUAUCCUCCAUUUGAAACUUUUACACGUCUUCAAGAUGAUCUAAUCAACCAAGAUAAGAUAACUGCGAUAGCAAUUGCAAAUAAAUCGAACUUGUUGGCUAUUAGUUUCGCUAACGGAAGACUUGUUUUAUAUGAUACAGAUAAUAAAAAGGAAGUUACGGUUUUCACAAGAAAAUCCACAUCAAAUCUAAAGUUUAUGAGCUUCACACCUUCAGAUGAUGGAAUUCUCUCAGCGGAUUCCGAAGGAGACCUUUAUUCAUAUACUGUUGGCAAACAGAUCCAAGAAUCGAGGAUAUUUACUAAUGGAAUUAAGUCAUUUUCUAUUUUUGCCCCAUCAUUAACUUCAAAUUUUGUAUUUUUCAAUUCAAAGUCCGAUACUUACUUAAGAUUGACAUAUUCUAAUACCCAAAACAUCAUAUUCUCAUCGCAAAACAACGACCCGUUGUCAGCAGUACUUAAAGUUACUCCGAAAUCUGCGAUUUAUUAUUGUGUCGCCAGUUCUUCACUUUGUAUCUUUUCUGUAUACGAAAAAGGCAAUUGGGAAGUCAGCCAAUACCUUGUAUUACCUCUACCAGCCAUAGAAAUCUAUUUACCGAAUGUUUCAAAUUGUUAA